GGCAAGGCUGAAAAUGUCCAGAAGCCUGGCUUUGUCAAAGGGCCAGUGUUCAAAGGAGUGGCAUCUAGCCGUUUCUUGCCCAAAGGCACCCGAACGAAAGUUAACCUUGAGGAGCAAGGCAGGCAAAAGGUGUCCUUUAGCUUCAGUCUAACCAAGAAGACCUUGCAGAACAGGUUCCUGACGGCCCUUGGAAACGACAAGCAAAACGAGACUUCGAGUUCCCCGGCUGCACCGCCUCAAACUGACCUGGCUUCCAAAAUUAAAAUUGAUCUUGGGGAUUUUUCUGGAGCUACAGAGGAAUUUUCACUACCAAAACCGAAGGUAGAGUUAGGCAAGAUCCAUUUCAAGAAACAUCUGCUGAACGUGACGACCAAGCCUUCCCCAGCUGUUGUGGCAUUGCCAACUGUGGCUCUCACUCCAACUGUUCUAGCAGAAGUGGUGGAGGUGCCCUCAUCGCCCCCCCCCCCCCCCCCCCCCCCUCCGCCACCCCCACCUCCACCAACACUACUUGUCCCAGUACCCAUACUGAGCCCAGCAGCUUUUCCACCAGUUCCAAUUGCAGUACCGACGGUUGCUUCGCCUCCGUCGCCAUCACCUGUCGAAACUGCUGUCCGAAUGACAACGGAGUCCUCAAAUUAUGCAUCACAAGAAACUUUGCAGCAAAGUACUACACAAAAUACUGUGUCGGAUGGCUCAGAAGAACAUUUAGCUCCAGUCAUUUCUGUGGAAGCAGAAAUAGCACCAGCGAAAGGAGAGUCCCGUGUUGGGAAGGAGGAGGAGGUUUUGGACAGUUCCAAGGGCGCUUUCCCCAGUUCUAAGAAGCAUAGUUCGAAGAGGAAGUCUGAUGGCACGUUGCCAGCUUCUGAAUCGGAUGAAGAUUCUGUGAGGACUUCCUCAAGUCAGAGGUCCCACGAAAUUAAAAUAUCAACUAGCUUGGAGAAAGAAAAAGAUUCACGAAAGAGCUCUACUUCUCUCAAAACUGAUGAGCAGACAAAAUCUUCAUCACGGUCUAGAUCGGACAGAGAUGAAAAAUAUUCCAGUUACUCCAGAUCUGAGAGAGACUCCAGGUACUCUUCGUCCCAUUCCAGAUCUGACCGAGGGAGGAGGCGAAGCAGAUCUCGUUCUCGUUCUAGAUCUGAGAGAGGUUCUAGAACCGGUUCUUCUUAUUCCAGAUCUGAACGGUCUCAUUACUAUGACUCUGACCGAAGGUACCAUAGGAGCUCACCAUAUAGAGAAAAGACACGAUAUUCUCGUUCGUACAUGGAUAGCAGGACAAGAGAAAGUUCAGAUUCAGAAGAGGAGUAUCGGAGGUCAUAUUCCAGAUCGACAGAUACAAGGCGUACAUCCUCUCAUUCCUCAUCUUACAGAGACUCUAGGACUUCUUCCUAUUCCAAGUCUGAUCGAGAUAGCAAGAUAGAAUCCUCUCACACCGACUCGGAGAGAAAAGGAAAGCCUACAAAAUCGGACCGGGAAUCCAAGAGGAUUUCGGAAAGUGAAGUAUCAAGGAGGUACUCUCCAGUGAGUGAGGUGGGACAUCGGAAGGGAACAUCCCACUCUAAAGCAGACAGCAGUGUGACUUCUUCCCGUCACAAGUCCACCUCUUCCAAGUCAUCAUCUGCUCCAAAGACAGAUAAAUGUAAAAGUUCUUUCUGUUGUACAGAAUCUGAGGAAAUCAGAGAGCAGUCUAAUUGUGUAGACUCAGAGGCGCCUUGUGUGCAGAACUGUGAGGCAGAAACUAUUACACAGAAGCCAGAAUCAGAAAGGAUUGUUUCAGUGUUAAGUCAGUUAAAUGAUUCACCUACUUUCAAAAAGCUAGGUGAAUCAAAAGAGAGUUCUCCUAUUUCAAAGUCUGUUGAACUUGCCGGAAUGGAUAGCCAUGACAGUAUUAAAGAAGGGGAGUCUUUAGUCACAGUAAAACAUGAUAAUUUAAGAAAUUGUUCUCCAGUAGAACUGAAUAUAAAUGUGUCGCCAGAAGACAAGCCCAGAGAUGUGACAUUAUCCUGUACCUCCAAAGUGGAGGUAGUUGCAAUGUCUUCUGAUGAUAGCUUAGAUAGUUCCGAUGUACCACUUCGGGUCAAGAGCCCUAGUUUAGGUGAAGUGUCAUCUAAUGGGCUUCAAACUGCGUGCCUUUCUAAAGGACACGAUCUAGAUGAUUCCCCCGUUCUUUCUUGUGAAUCCAACAGUUUGCUUAAAGAAAAAAAAGUUCUGGUUCUUUCUGAGUAUGAAUUCGUUCCCUCCUGUAUUGUGAAUUUAAAUCAUUCUAAAAUAUUACCUAAAGUGGAUGACCUAACCGAUCCCGGUAAUAAAACCAAAGAUCCAGCCCCUUGCUACCUUUCGGAGGAUGCCACUCCGUCGUUGUAUUAUUCAGAAGUUGAAAUUGAAGCUGAACCUUCAGAUACAAAAGCUAUUCAGGAAUCUCUUACGGAUGUUCAUGUAGAACCACAAACAGAAACCUGCAGCUAUGUUGAGGAUCACAAUUUGUUAAAAACUGAUGUUGAGGAUCAAAAUUUGUCAAAAACUGUUACUGAAAGUGAAAAAUGUGUUGCUAGAAGUUUCAGCUUCUCAGAGAGUAGCCCAGUGAGAGAUGCUUCUGUGGAAGAGCAUCCCAUGGAAGUGAAAUUAGACAAUCAAUUUAUUGCACAACAGCCACCUUCGGAAAAUGUAUUCUCCCGGUUGGAGAGAACUUUGCAGAAAAAGAGGGAAGAACUAGUAGAGUGUCCUGCAGUAGCUCUUGAAAUAGAUGCUCAGCAUGUUGAUCCCAUUGUAGAAAAAACAAAAUCCCCCGUUAAAAAUGAGCAUUCUUAUUAUUUAGAGAUGCCAAUAGAAGACCUAGAAAAAGAGGAGCCGAAUGGGGGGGAGGAUGUGGUUGCCCUUGAAGAACGAACCACAUCUGAUGUGAAAGACUGCUGUCCUGAAGCCUCGAUGAUGAAGGACAAAGAUGACUCCUUGGUGGAAUCCGUAUUUUCAGAAGCGUUGUCCCCAUCUUGCGAUAUUGUUGUGACUGUAGAAGAAACGGAAAUGCUAGCUGAAGCCCCAGGAUGCGACAGUAGUGGCAGCACUCCUGAACUAAUUCGUAAUGAGGAAUAUUCCGACACCGCUGAAAGCGCAAGCGAACCGGGUAGCGAAGAAAGCGAAACGGACGACUCGGAUUCAGAUGACAGCAGUGUUCCGAGGAACCGCCUCCAGUCGGUUGUGGUCGUUCCCAAGAAUUCUACGAUAUCCAUGGAGGAGAGCAGUUCCUCUUCCUCUCGGAACAGCCAGAGUAGCAGGCGCUACUCGGAUCACUGGGAAGAUGGCAGGCCAGAGUCCAGCAAGCCGUAUUAUGAAGAAAUACAAGAUGACAUGGAGUCGGACAACGGUCCUCAAUACGAAACCAAGUGUGUUACUUCUAGAGGUGCGGAGGGAAGCCCGGCAACAUCUAUGGAGCACGGUAGAGCAGAGCCUGAAAUCCUUCAGCUGGGUGUCUCCCAACCUCAAAGUGAUGGUGUCGACAGUACCAGUCAGACAGAGCUGGCAUCAGAUUCUGUUAGCAAACCGAAGCUAGAUGAAAGGACAGCAUUAGCAGCGCCAGUAUCUGUAGUUCAGUCGCCGCGGCAAGAAGAGCUGCGCUAUUUUGACAAGGACUAUGAGUUGGGUGAUAAUACGUGUAGGCAACAAGCCAGUGUUUCCAAGCCAGACAGUAGGCAGGGGAAGUUAGGUUUUGGUGAUCAAGCAGACACAGGAGAAGAUUUCUCCAGAGAAGAAGGCUUCCAUUCAGCAGAGGACCUGGGGACCUUGGGGUGGGACUUCUCGCAGCUGGAGAAACCGAGCAGCACGUACCAACAACCUGACAGCAGCUACGGCAUUUUCCCCGGGUAUGUUUACCCACCAGGUUCAGGGCCAUAUGUUGCAUCCCAUAACUACUGGCAAGACAAUGGGUAUUGGGACCCAAGGUUGAGUAAUAGGCCCCCUGGGAUGCAUUACGAGAGAAUCCAAGGGCAGGUCCCCGAUUCGCUAACCGAAGACCACGAGGAAUAUGAAGAAGUGGACUGUUGGGUGGACGAAAGCCAGCCUUACUUCCCCAACCAGUCAAGUAAGUUCCAAGCUCGUGAUCCAAGAGAGAAGGGCUCCGUGCAGGCGCCCGAGAUUAGCAGUAACUCGGCUAAAGAGCCAGUCGCCGUGAGUGAGAGGAAAGAUUACGUUAAGACUCUGAGUCAAAGCGAUAUGAAAGAGCGGGGGCCCCUGAAGAAGCGGAGGCAGGACUUGGAGAGUGACUCCGGAAGCGACGGGGACUCCCGGGAAAGGAAGAAGGUCAAGACAGAGAGCGAGCAGGUGCCAGUUCUCCUUCGGGAGUCCUCGAUGGUUCGCCCGCUGUGCGUCAUGGAAGACUUCAGGGACCCGCAGCGUUGGAAAGAGUUUGCCAAGCAAGGGAGGAUGCCCUGCUACUUCGACCUGAUUGAAGAAAAUGUAUAUUUAACAGAAAGGAAGAAGAAUAAGUCGCACCGUGACAUCAAGCGGAUGCUGUGCGAGUGCCCGACGCUUUCCAAAGACGAGAGAGCUCAAGGGGAGGUUGCGUGCGGAGAGGAUUGCCUUAACCGCCUGCUCAUGAUAGAAUGUUCUUCGAGGUGCCCAAACGGGGAUUCCUGCUCCAACCGGCGAUUCCAGAGGAAGCAGCAUGCCGACGUGGAAGUCAUCCUGACCGAGAAGAAAGGCUGGGGCUUGAGAGCGGCGAAAGACCUUCCUUCGAACACCUUCGUACUGGAAUACUGUGGAGAAGUGCUGGAUCACAAAGAAUUUAAAGCACGCGUUAAAGAGUAUGCCCGAAGCAAGAACAUCCAUUACUACUUCAUGGCGUUAAAAAAUGACGAGAUAAUAGAUGCCACUCAGAAAGGAAACUGCUCACGUUUCAUGAAUCACAGCUGUGAACCAAACUGUGAGACACAGAAGUGGACUGUAAACGGACAGCUGAGAGUCGGCUUUUUCACCACCAAAUUGGUCCCAUCGGGCUCUGAGCUAACGUUCGACUACCAGUUCCAGAGAUAUGGCAAAGAAGCUCAGAAGUGUUUCUGUGGCUCCACCAACUGCCGAGGCUACCUUGGAGGAGAGAACAGAGUCAGCAUCAGAGCCGCCGGGGGCAAAAUGAAGAAGGAGCGGUCUCGUAAAAAAGAUUCGGUGGAUGGAGAGCUGGAGGCACUCUUGGAGAACGGAGAAGGGCUUUCAGAUAAGAACCAAGUUCUCAGCUUGUCCCGACUCAUGGUGCGGAUUGAGACUCUGGAACAGAAGCUCACGUGUCUUAAACUCAUACAGGUAAGAUUCAACCCAUCGGAGGUGGAAAGUGCUUUCAAGCUGCAGGCUACUUACGGCAACCCUCUCAUUGACGCCGACGUAAUUUUGGUCGCGUCCAUUGCCGGCAAUGGAUGUCGCUCUGGGAGAAUCCCCUUAUUCCUGGCGGGAGAUGAUCGAGAGGUGUACAGGAUCCCAAAGAAGAGUCAAGUGGAGAAAGAGACCAGUGCAGAGCGAGGGCGAGAGACAACAGGUCGAGACCCAGCCGCUACCCCGAAAAACCUGAGCAGGGAGCGAGAUCCUGAAAGACGAAGCCAAAGCAAAGAAAAGAAAAAGCGGAGAGACUCUCUGUCCCCCCCUUCGGCGUACGAGCGAGGCACGAAGCGGCCAGAUGACCGGCAACGCAGGAAGCUCUUUGAGCAGGAGGUGGCCCAGCGGGAAGCGCAGAAGCAGCAGCAGCAGCUGCAGAGCCUGGGGAUGGCCUCCCCACUCCCCUACGACUCCAUGGCCUACAGCACCUCCCACCACACCUUUAUGGGCUAUCCCCCCGGCUACCCCAUGCAGUCCUACGUGGACCCCACCAACCCUAACGCCGGCAAGGUGCUGCUCCCUACCCCCAGCAUGGACCCCAUGUGUUCCCCGGCGGCCUACGAACAGCCGCAGGCUUUGGUGGGGCACACCAUCGAGCCAACCCUGGCCGCUCCUCAGCCGGUGCCCGUUGUUCAGCACGUAGCGACGACCCUGGAGGUGUCGACCCCGCAGUACGUAGCGCAGACCGAUCCCGUGGUCCACCAGGAGCAGAGCGUCACAGUCCUCCCGGUGCCGGCCCCCGCCCCGGUGCAAGGGCAGAGCUAUAGCGUUUGGGAUUCCGGCCAGCAGACUGUAGCGGUGCAGCCGCCGUACUCCCCGGCACAGUCACAGCCCGCCAUUUACUACCAAGGACAAGCGUGUCAGACGGUUUACGGGGUCACGUCGCCGUAUUCGCAGACCACGCCGCCAAUUGUACAGAGUUACGCCCAGCCAGGCCUUCAGUAUAUUCAGGGGCAGCAGAUCUACGCCGCCCACCCCCAGGGUGUCAUGGUCCAGCCCACGACAGCCGUGACGACGAUCGUAGCGGCAGGACAGCCUCCACCUAUACAGCAGCCGGAGCUCGUGGUGACCAACAACCUCCUGGACCUGCCUCCGCCCUCUCCUCCGAAACCCAAAACCAUCGUCCUCCCUCCAAAUUGGAAAACAGCCCGAGAUCCAGAGGGGAAGAUCUAUUACUACCACGUGGUGACAAGGCAAACCCAGUGGGACCCCCCGACUUGGGACAGCCCCGGGGAUGACACCAGCCUGGAGCAUGAAGCUGAAAUGGAUCUUGGAACCCCGACGUAUGAUGAAAAUCCCAUGAAGUCUUCCAAAAAACCCAAAACGGCAGAGGCAGACACUUCUAGCGAGCUGGCAAAGAAAAGCAAGGAAGUAUUCCGGAAGGAGAUGUCUCAGUUCAUCGUGCAGUGCCUGAACCCCUAUCGCAAGCCAGACUGCAAAGUUGGCCGGAUAACCACGACUGAAGAUUUCAAACACCUUGCACGCAAGCUGACCCACGGAGUGAUGAACAAAGAACUGAAAUACUGCAAAAACCCCGAGGACCUGGAAUGCAACGAGAAUGUGAAGCACAAGACGAAAGAGUACAUCAAGAAAUACAUGCAGAAGUUUGGGGGCAUUUAUAAACCCAAGGAGGACACGGACUUGGAGUAGCCGCCCAAGGGCAGCAGCGCGGUGUUCCUCUUUAGAGCCUGAAGCCGUCCGGCUUCGGGGUGCUUCAUUGGCGUGGAAUUCCUGGGCCCCGUGGGUGGGGGUGGGGGGAACCCUCUUGGUAAGCCACCCCGCCGUGAAUCUCGUGGCACAGGCGACUCCCUUUCCAAGUCACCUUUUGGGAGACCAGAUCGGAGCGGCAGAAUGAACGACAUCCACCCGCUCUCCAGCUGUGACUCCACACGUCGCUCUGUGUGUGCCCUCCGUGCAAAACUUCUGGCCCGGCGGUGGGGCCGUUCAACACAAUGUCCCACGAGCGCGCCCCUGUCUCCCCACUCAAGAUCUGUAUUAUAUUUUAACGUAUAUGUGAAUAUAUGGAGGUUUUUCUCUCCUUCCCUCCCCCUCCCUCCAUGUGUUGAUAUCAUGGGAACACUUUGUAAGAAUAGUUUUGAAGGUUUCUUCUUUCUUUCUUUCUUUUUGUUGUUUUUUGUUUUUUGUUCUCUGCGAGGUUGAAAUCUGUUAUCAUGUAAAUAAUUGGCAAAAACUUGGCCGCCUCUGGGUUUCUGGCUGGCCACGUGCUAUGUUGAUAAGAUUAA